UUUUAUAUUUGCAUGUUUAGGAACGAGAUAACUGUAGAAAGUUAUUAGAUUCCUAUCUUAGUGAAACUACUAUGACAGGUGUUGCAUUGAAUGAAACACAGUUAAGUCACUUAGAAGACAUGAAUAUGGAAUACAAAAGAGCUUUAGAAAAGAGUGAAAAGGAGGUUGACAAUUUAAAUGAGAAACUUAAGAAUUUAACUGAAAAUAGUAGUUCAAUGGAAAUGCUUGCAUCUGAAAUGAAGAAACUGAGAGAUGAGAAUUCUUUACAUUUAGCUCAUAUUGUUGAGCUGGAGAAAGAGAAACUUCAGUUAGAAAAUAAAUAUGCUAAUCAAAAUAUGGGACAGGAAAAAAGUUCUUGGGAUGGUCGAAUAUUGCAUCUCAAGUGUAAUCCAUUAGAUAACGCAAAUGCAAAACAUUUAGAAACUUUCAAAAAGCUACAAGAAGAAAAUGACCAUUUGAAAAAAAGAAUAAAAGUUCUAGAGGAAGAAGGAGCUGCUGCUGAUGAUGUAACAAUGAAAGUGCAACAGAAGUUGGCUAAUGAAGGAGCUGAUUCCACUCUUAAAACUCUUAAAGAACAACUGGCAGCUGCAGAAAGGCAGCAACGCUUCAUUCUGGAGAAUGCUCGCAUAAAGUCUACUGAAUUUCGAGAAACUGUGUAUCGACUCUUGGGUUAUCGCAUAGAUGUUCCUGCAGCUGAAACUUACAAAUUAUCUCAUUUGUAUGCUGAAUCUCGUGAUGAUUAUUUAUUAUUUCAGAUUAAUUCAGAAGGAAUCCAGCUGGUUGAAACAGAGUAUUCUAAACAGUUAGGUGAUCGCAUGGAGUUGUACUUACAACAGUAUGACAGUUUUCCUGCAUUUUUAGCAAGUUUAACUAUGGAUCUCUUCAGUCAACAGACAUAUAUGAUGAAUUAAUAAUUGGAACUGUAUGUUUAUACUUCUGUGUUGUAUCAUAAAAUGUGCAUUUUAUCUCUUGUAAUAUAAGUUGUAAGUUAUAUAUGUCCUUAGGGGUUAGAUUAUUUUAUGUAGUUUUGUUAUUUUUGUAAUUAGUUUACAUUUCAUUUAUUUAAAUAUUCACAACCUAUUAAAAAUAUUUUGAAAAACAUUUGGGAGCCAUUUCA